CUGCUGCAAAUUUCGUCCUUCCGGUGCCCCCAUAGCCCCACUCCCUCCCGAUGCUAACACCGUCGGGCUUGGCUGUGGGAGCGUAAUGGCGGUGCACCGGGGACCUUCUACGAAAUGGCUCUUCACCCGGGAACAGCUCGAAAACACACCGUCUCGACGCUGCGGAAUAGAGGCUGACAGAGAGCUUUCUUACCGACAGCAGGCCGCCAACUUAAUCCAAGAUAUAGGCCAGAGACUCAACGUCUCCCAACUGAUUAUCAACACUGCUAUAGUAUAUAUGCACAGGUUUUAUAUGAUUCACUCUUUCACCAAAUUCCAUAGAAAUAUAAUUUCCCAGACUACGUUGUUCCUGGCAGCUAAAGUUGAGGAGCAGCCCAGGAAGCUGGAGCAUGUCAUUAAAAUAGCCCAUGCCUGCAUCAGUCCACAAGAGCCUGCCCUAGACACUAAGAGCAACGCAUUCCAGCAGCAAGCACAAGAGCUUGUAACACUGGAAACAAUAGUGCUGCAGACGCUGGGUUUUGAAAUAACAGUUGAUCAUCCACACACAGAUGUUGUGAGGUGUUCCCAGCUAGUGCGAGCAAGCAAGGAUUUGGCACAGACUUCCUAUUUCAUGGCUACCAACAGGUUAUUAUCCUGUUCCCAUUAUUGCACUUUAAUGGCACACUAUAGCUUCCUGUCCUGCAGGGGCCCCGUUCCUGUGUCCAACGCCCUGUUUGCGCCUGGAUCCUGGGAAACUCCAGUGUGGGGAAGUACCGGCCAGGCUGCUGUGCGGUGUAUUGUACAAGGGCUCUGUGUUGGCACAUAGGGGUUGAAUGCACAAUGUGGAGUGUAGUGGUGCUGUUUACCUCUCAAGGUUGUUUGGUGCGGAGUGCAUAUGCGUAAAAAAAAACUCAAGCGGUAGCCUGAAUAUAGAUUGCCACUAAAGAUUCUUAAACUUAUAAAGUUCUUUGUUUGCACCUCACCACCUUCUGCCUGCAGUACAGGCCCACAGUCGUCGCAUGUGUCUGCAUCCACUUGGCCUGUAAGUGGUCCAACUGGGAAAUCCCCGUGUCUACAGAUGGCAAACACUGGUGGGAGUACGUGGACCG